AUGGCCGCUUCAUCAGAAAAGUAUGAUAUCGUGAUAGUGGGCGCCGGGCCUGUAGGCUUGCUGCUCUCAGUCUGUCUGGCGCGCUGGGGCUACAAGAUUAAGAACAUUGAUAACAGGGAAGUGCCAACCCUGACGGGCCGAGCUGAUGGCAUUCAACCACGGUCUCUGCACCUGUUACGGAAUAUGGAUCUCAAGCGACCGAUAAUGGCUCAUCAGCCAGCUAAGGUCUACGAGGUUGCUUUUUGGGAUCCUCAAUCAGGCGGUAAGGGUAUCCACAGGACAGGAAAUUGGGCUGCUUGUCCGAAAUUCAUCGAUGCAAGAUAUCCCUUCACCACCCUUUUACAUCAGGGUCUAAUAGAGAGGGUCUUUAUUGAUGAUCUACACAAGAACGGGGCAGAUGUGCAAAGGCCUUGGACUAUCACGGGCUUCAACAACGACGGUCAGGACAAGACCUAUCCAAUUGAAGUCAACCUCAAGCAUAUGCGGACGGAUGAGAAGGAAAUUGUGCGAGCGAAAUACUUGUUCAGUGGCGAAGGAGCUAGGAGCUUCAUAAGGGAUCAGCUGGGUGUCAAAAUACGUCAUAAAGAUCCGAUCAGUCAUGUCUGGGGAGUCAUGGAUGGAGUUGUUAGGACGGAUUUUCCUGAUGUCAAGAUGAAAUGCACGAUACAUAGCGAUCACGGCUCGAUCAUGAUUAUUCCCAGGGAAAACAACAUGGUUAGACUUUACAUACAAAUUGCGUCUUCGACUGACAAAGACUUUGACCCUCGCAAACAAGCUACUCCGGAGGAUGUUCAAGCAUCGGCAAAGAAGAUACUACAGCCUUAUUACAUUGAAUGGGACAUGGUAGAGUGGUACUCGGUCUACCCUAUUGGCCAGGGCAUAGCGGAGAACUACACUAUAGAUCAUCGAGUGUUCUUAGGCGGAGACUGCUGCCACACGCAUAGCCCAAAAGCUGGCCAAGGAAUGAAUACCGCUUUCCACGACGCUCUCAAUCUUGCAUGGAAGAUCCAUCACGUUGAGGCAGGCUUUGCGAAUCGAUCCAUACUACAAUCGUAUGAGGCAGAGCGCAAGCACAUUGCUGAGGAACUUCUCGACUUCGACGCCAAGUACGCCGCACUGUUUUCUCAGCGGGUCCCCUCCGCUGGUGAGGUGGGUGCAGCGUCAGAAGACAACAUAGAUGGGGCGGCCAAUGAGUUUGUGAAGGUCUUCAAGUCGAGCCAAGAAUUUACAUCUGGUUAUGGGAUAUUCUACGGUCCGAACGAGUUCAACUGGUCAUCAGACCAUUCCGCACAGUCACACCUUUUCAACCCAAAAGGCAAUACUGUUCGCGUAGGCCGUAUCAUGCCCCCGGCCAAUGUAACCAGGGUUGUGGACGCCAAUGAGGUUCAGUUGGAGCAAGAAAUUCCGCUCAACGGCUCAUUCAGGAUUUUCCUCUUCGCUGGCUCACCGUCAAAGACACAGCGUGCCGUUGCUGACUUUGCUACGAAUCUGCAAAAGAAGAAAAGCUUCUACUCGACCUUCGCACGAGAGGAUAUUGCAAGUGUCUCCUAUCACGAGCGACACAAUCCUCAUUCUUACUUCUUUUCAAUCUGCACAACGUUCGCAUCUCCCCGAGAUAGAAUAGACAUCUCGAAGAUGUUGCCGCCAAUCCUCGCACGGUAUAGUGAUCAUGUCUAUGCCGACGAUGUCUGGGAUCCAAAGGUGCCUGAUGCGAAAGCUGCAGCCCACGCAAAGUUGGGAUUGGAUGCAGACAAGGGCGGUGUUGUCGUUGUUAGGCCUGAUGGACAUGUUGGCUGCGUGGUCACUCUGGUGGCGGGAAGUGGGACAGUGGAUGCCUUGAAUGAUUAUUUUGGAGCAUUUGUAUCCAAGCCCAUCGGAAAUGGGAAGCCGCAGGCGCAGCUAUGA